AUGGCGAUGAAGGCGCUCAGAGGGAUGAUGAACGGGGCCAUGAGUGAGCUCUCCUCGGCCGUCCAGCGGGAACAAACCGACGGCCCGCCGCUCCGGCCGCCACCGCCGCCUCCCGGGGAGCACGUGAUGGCCGUGAAGCGGGACUAUAUCUCCCAGCCGCGCCUCACCUACAAAACAGUGUCCGGAGUCAACGGUCCGCUGGUGAUUCUGGAUCAGGUGAAGUUUCCCAGGUAUGCAGAGAUCGUCCAUCUCACGCUGCCCGAUGGUACCAAGAGGAGCGGCCAGGUGCUGGAGGUCACCGGCUCCAAAGCCGUGGUCCAGGUGUUUGAAGGGACUUCAGGUAUCGAUGCCAAGAAGACCAGCUGCGAGUUCACAGGAGACAUCUUACGGACGCCGGUCUCUGAGGACAUGUUGGGUCGUGUGUUUAACGGAUCUGGUAAACCCAUCGACAGAGGACCGGCCGUGCUGGCUGAGGACUUCUUGGACAUCAUGGGUCAGCCUAUAAACCCUCAGUGUCGGAUCUACCCCGAGGAGAUGAUCCAGACCGGCAUAUCUGCCAUCGACGGCAUGAACAGCAUCGCCAGGGGGCAGAAAAUACCGAUCUUCUCUGCCGCAGGGCUGCCACACAAUGAGAUCGCGGCUCAGAUCUGUCGACAGGCCGGUUUGGUGAAGAAGUCCAAGGACGUGAUGGACUACAGCGAGGACAACUUCGCCAUCGUGUUCGCAGCCAUGGGGGUGAACAUGGAGACAGCGAGGUUCUUUAAGUCUGACUUUGAGGAGAACGGUUCCAUGGACAACGUCUGUUUGUUCCUCAACCUGGCCAACGACCCGACCAUCGAGCGAAUCAUCACGCCGCGCUUAGCGCUGACAUCAGCAGAGUAUCUGGCCUAUCAGUGUGAGAAGCACGUCCUCGUCAUCCUCACUGACAUGAGCUCCUACGCCGAGGCUCUGCGAGAGGUGUCUGCAGCCAGAGAGGAGGUGCCGGGCCGGCGAGGUUUCCCUGGUUACAUGUACACCGAUUUGGCCACCAUCUACGAGCGAGCUGGCCGAGUCGAAGGACGUAACGGCUCCAUCACACAGAUCCCCAUCCUCACCAUGCCUAAUGACGAUAUCACUCAUCCGAUUCCCGACCUGACUGGUUACAUCACCGAGGGACAAAUCUAUGUGGACAGACAACUUCACAACAGACAGAUUUAUCCUCCCAUCAACGUGCUGCCGUCUCUGUCUCGGCUCAUGAAAUCCGCCAUCGGCGACGGAAUGACCCGCAGAGACCACUCGGAUGUGUCCAACCAGCUCUAUGCGUGUUACGCCAUAGGGAAGGACGUCCAGGCCAUGAAGGCGGUGGUGGGGGAGGAGGCUCUGACCGCUGAUGACCUGCUCUAUCUGGAGUUCCUGACCAAGUUCGAGAAAAACUUCAUCUCCCAAGGUGCCUACGAGAACAGGAGUGUGUUUGAGACUCUGGACGUCGGAUGGCAGCUCAUGAGGAUCUUCCCCAAAGAGAUGCUGAAGAGGAUCCCUCAGAGCACCUUGGCUGAGUUUUACCCACGAGAAGCCAAACAUUAAGCAAACACACUCAUCUGUUCGUCCACCAGCCGCUUCCAUCAGUCCCAGUGAAGUGUCGCUGCUGCUUCCAUACAGUGAAGUGUUGUAUGACGUGAUGCUGUGAACCGUCGUGGUGACACUCGUGAUGUUCAUGUGGCCUUUGACCACGCACACCAUUCCUGCUUCAACAGCCAGAAACUCAACACAGAUGAAUUUACAGUGUGAAUGUGAAGAGAGACAGGAAGGGAACAAAGAGUUCAUGUGUGAGAGAUGAUGAUGAUGUUUUGUUCAUCAAUCUGCAUAACUUCAGCAGAACGGAUCUGUGGUUCGAGCUCUUGGAGAAGUCGUAGUGAAACGCUGUAUGUUGGUUGGAUCACGUGAUGUGUGUGAUACGUUACAUAAUGAGGCUUUAUCGUGCUGCGCGUUGUUCAUGGAGGGUUUAUUCACAGGGCAUCUCGUGCAUGUCAUGAAUCAUUCCACAGACUCAACAUGCAACAAUGCGACGCUGUCACGUGACACGAGGCUUUCACCACUUUGUUCCACCUGCUGCUUCUGAUUGGCCCUGCUGUCCCGUCGGCAUGCCGUGUCUUCGGAUGAUUGCUGAUUUCAUUUUGUGUAGCUUUAGCAAUUUAUUAAGGCGCAGCGUUAGCUCGGCCAUGCGCACGUCCUUAGAACAAACAGCUUCAUUAUCACUGAGCUUUGGAUGUUUUGGUCGGUGGAUUCUGUUUCAUUUAGUCGGAGCCAUGCUAGCAGUUUGCCCCUGUUUCCAUUCUCUAUGCUAAGCUAAGCUAAGCGGCUGCUUCUUGUGAUUGCGUGCUCGUUUGUGCAGAGAAGAAGAAGAAACGAUGCAGAUUCCAAAAUGUUUGUUUGAAAUCAGUUUAUCGGACGUUUGGUUAGAAACUCUGAAUGUAAACGUGUACGACACGUGAACAGGUUGCACCUGUGACCACGCCCAGCAGUGAUGUCACAGUGUCCUGGAGUACACCUGUGCAUCACUGCAGCAAGGUGAGAGAAAAACAAGUGACUCUUUAUUUUUAAAGUUCAUCAUCAGAUAUUACUCGUGUAGAUUUGAAGCAGCCUGUCCCUUUAUCCGUCUCAACAUACUGCAGCUUUUGUUUGAUGUCAGACGUUUGUGCUCAUUAAAGUGUUUUAUUUUGGCAGUCAGCGCACAUUUCCUGUCCUUGUACAUGCCGUGCAAUUGUGACACUUUGACAGACUGUCGUGUAACUGCCGUGAGCUACCGAGGAAUGUGAUGCUUCCUGCACUUUGAUGCACACACACAGAAAACCAGGUCUGUAACAGCAGAGAAAGAAGACUCAGCAAUGUUCAUGAUGGUGAUGUGUUUGUGUGUCGUCGUGGUUUCUUUAGAUUGACGUAAUGUUUCGUGUUUUCUGUCUUUAAACGUCUUCAGACUCGAUGUGUUUGCACACUGCGGUGUGUAUUGACUGGAUAUACAAUAAUAAUCAGCUCGCAUGAAUUAACGUGUUCAGUGUUUCCUGUUGAUGCCUCAAAUCUGAUGAAAUAAAAACUGCUGUCUCAUCA